AUGUUGUCAUCCAUGUCUACCUCGAGCUCUUCAAAGUAUGCUCCUCUGUCGUCGAAUGACGACGGCUAUGGCAGCUCCAAAGCUGGGGAAAAGCAAAGGCUCCCCACGGCAUCAUCCAAGCUUCCCAGACUAAUCCUCUACUUCUCCUCUGCCGUCGCGCUCCUGUCGACCGUCAAUGUCGCCCUCCUCCCCGCCACUCUGUCGGCGUACCGGGCCUACCCCUUGUCCGAAUCCGAGCUGGAGGCCCUCCCGCACGGCGAUGCGAGGGUGGGACUGGACAGGGCAACAGAUCUCAUGCCUCCUCCCCAGAUCUACGAGCGUUCUUGGCCGGACAGGAUUGCGCGCGUGAGCCGGAAGCUGAAGACUGCCGUGUGGGGUCAGGGUGUAGACGUCCACAUCACCGUCGAGGACUCGACAAUCGUGCGCUUCCCCGUCCCCUCCGGCGGUGUCGACACCUGUGCCCUCUCCUGGCGGCCGCCUCCCGAGUUCUCGGCCAGGGUCGAGGACCUCACGACCAAGGGAGACGUGACGGAGAUUGAAGUCUGGCAGCUCAUCGCACCGCAGGCCGGAUCCGACGGUAGCCCUUCCGGCAUGGAUGGGCUCGAUUACGAUACCCUGUCGUAUUCCACCCUCCCUGUCCGCGGGGAGCUGCUGGGCGUGCUGGACCUCACUGCCAGCCCAAACAGCACGACGGUAGAUUUCGCCUGCCCAGGUGAGACGGACACUCUUGUCACGGAGCUGAGGUGUCAGCGCGUGGCGUGCCAUGUGAGCUUCUUGCAGGUCGACAUGGUUCCCAGGUUUGGGUUUGAGCUGGUGCGAAGGGGGAAGUGA